ACUCCGCUCCACUACUAACCCACCUCUACACGACCACGAGACCUCCUAGCUCGUUCUCUCCUCCAACCUCGCGACAUCGCGAUCCACCUCUCAACACCACCAAUACGUCUAAAGUCUUCACGCGCCAAACCCCUUCGUAGACACCACCUCUAAAGAACACCACAAGUCUGAACGUCUUCGGGGAAUUUGGCUGUCGUCGUGGUGCAGUUUGCGCCCGUAGAGGUGCGAGAAGAGGUGGAAUAGCGCGCCGGGCUUCUGAUUUGUGAUGGGGCAGUAGGCAACGGAAAUCAUAACUUCGCGCGGUUCCUGCCGAGGUGUUCGGAGCUCUCGUCGUUGUGCCACCGCAGGGAAAUGUGGGAUGUGGCCGUGGUUGGAGAAGAUUGCGUCCGCGUGCUGGGACCGGGUCCGGAGGUACUCGCUUACGAGGAGGGAUGAGGACGGCGGCAGUGGCAGCGGCAGCGGCGCCGACGCCGACGACCUGCUGCUCUGGUCGCGGGACCUCGAUCGGCACGCGGCCGGCGACUUCUCCUUCGCCGUCGUGCAGGCCAACGAGGUGCUGGAGGACCACAGCCAGGUCGAGACCGGUGCCGCAUCCACCUUCGUCGGCGUCUACGACGGACACGGCGGCGCCGAGGCGUCCCGCUUCAUAUCUAACCACCUCUCCGCACACCUCGUCCGUCUCGCCCAAGAAAGUGGAACAGUGUCUGAGGAUGUUGUCCGAAAUGCCUUUUCUGCCACGGAGCAAGGUUUCUUGUCGCUUGUGCGUAGGACACACUUGAUAAAGCCUUCUAUCGCCGCUAUCGGAUCAUGUUGUCUAGUUGGUGUCAUCUGGAGAAAAACACUGUACCUGGCCAAUCUUGGCGAUUCUCGGGCAGUUGUUGGCUGUUUAAAUGGAUCAAACAAGAUUGUUGCUGAGCAGCUGACGAGAGACCACAACGCAAGCAUCGAGGAAGUGAGGCAGGAACUCAGAUCUCUUCAUCCGGAUGAUUCACAAAUUGUUGUUAUGAAGAAUGGUGUUUGGCGCAUCAAAGGCAUUAUACAGGUUUCAAGGUCAAUAGGUGAUGCAUAUUUAAAGAAGCAAGAAUUUGCUGUCGAUCCGUCCAUAACUCGAUUCCACCUCUCCGAGCCUCUCCGCCGGCCCGUUCUAACGUCGGAGCCAUCUAUAUGCACGAGACCCAUUCGUCCACAAGAUAGUUUUGUUAUCUUUGCAUCGGAUGGAUUGUGGGAGCACCUUACAAACCAGCGGGCUGUUGAAAUUGUGCACAACAAUCCACGAGAAGGUAUUGCAAGGAGGCUAGUAAGAGCAGCUCUGAAAGAAGCUGCACGGAAGAGAGAAAUGAGGUACAAUGAUAUUACAAGACUGGAGAAAGGUGUUCGUCGAUUCUUCCAUGACGACAUCACGGUUGUUGUUGUUUUUAUUGAUCAUGGGCUACUGCAAGAGGGGAAUGCUUCUGCUCCUGAACUUUCAGUUCGUGGGUUUGUUGAGUCAGGAGCCCCCUCCACCUUUUCAGGGUUAAAUAGCAUUUCUUGAUACAUUAACCUGACCUUAAUUUGUCGUUCCAAUGUAAUCUUAUGUUUACACUUUGCAGUCUUGUUUUGGUUCUGUUCUUGCAUAGUACAGUACUUUAAUGUGCAGUAUUAUUAAAUUCAUGCCACCACGGAAUUGCCAUACAAUUCUUAGCAAUAGUCUGCUACCAUGCUUGUCUACUCUCCUAAA